AUAGGACUUGCUCGAACAGCUUUCAAGCAGUCGUUGACUAUCAAGUUAGUUUGCGCCGACGAACAUAGCAGAAGGUGUGCAUUCUUCACCCUACUUGCUACGUAGAGACCAGAAAGUCUCUAAACACAGCUGCUACGUUUGGGGGGCCGCCGGGAGACUUAGGUACCUUUGGGACAGCGCCCCAAAAUGGUGAAGGGCGUCUCCCUCGGCAUCAGCGGCUCUUUUCGGUCGCUAUGGGGCAAGUAUGAGCGCACGCUGCAGCGGCGGCCGGUUCUCACGCAGUGCGUGACCUCUUGCAUCCUUUGGGGGUGCGGAGACGUCCUGGCGCAAAGGGUUGCGGAGCAGCGGCGCCUAUCGGAAGUGGAUGCACGCCGUGUGGUCACUACAGCAGCAUUUGGCGCGUGCUUCAUGGGGCCCGUGGGGCACUUCUGGUACCACAGCUUGGACGUCGUGUGUGCACGGUUGCUGACGGCUGGCUCUCCCAGCUUCCUGGCAGCCAAGCUGAUUGCCGACACCGCCAUCAUGGGACCGCUGUACGUGGUGGCCUUCUACGCAUGGGGCUGCGCGCUCAUUGACGGCAGCGGGGUGGAGGGCUUCAAGAAGAAGAUCACGAAGGACUUCAUUCCCACCUUCACGGCGGAGCUGGCCGUGUGGCCGCUGUUCCAGGCCUUCAACUUCACGCGCAUCCCCGUGGAGCACCAGCUGCUGGCCGUCAACGGCAUGACGCUCAUCGACGCCUGCUUCCUGUCCUGGGCACGCUCGCAGGAUGACUGGGUGGCCACGGCCAUGGCGGCCAUCGAGGCUGUCAAGGAGGGCCGGCCCGUGCAGCUCACGGGGAAAGCUGCUGAAGCUGCCAAGUCCUUGUAAGGACCACGCCGCUCUAGCUGCGGCAUGCCAUGAUACGUGGAAGGACGCGGCGUGGACUGGCAGCGAAGUCAGGCAUCUGGCUCUGGUCGAGGCAUGACAUGCAUGUGUCUAUGUGUGACAGUCAGGUCGGGCGCAGAUGUGAGAGGACGAUGGACGUGUUUGUUGUGCGUGUUCAGCGUAUCCUCGGUGGUUGGCGCUUUCGCCCAUGCGACGGAGAUUCCAAUGUUGCUGUUCCGUUUUGUUCUCGCGCCAGCGUGCUGUCCGAGCUCCAGCGUGGCGUAACCGCUACGCCCGCGGGCAAACAAGCUUCACGCCCGCGAUUUAGUCAGAUGGUGCCGUGUUGGCGCCUAAUUGUUCUGUAUCAAGCAAUGAACGAGUCAUGUAAGCGUGAAUGCUGAGGUUAAGAUCGGGCGUGAGCACUUGUUGAUAAGCGAUGCCAGCCCUAACCACUUACAGUCGUCGUCCUGCGCCGCCACAGGAGCCUUCCCAUGGGUGGCGGCGAAGUUGGCGAAGUACGUAGUAAGCCACUAUAGAAAUAACAGCUAUCCCGGAUGCAGUUUUGCUCUUUCUCCUCUUUUGACUCCCAGGAGUUUUGCUGAGAGAGCUGAGCGCGAUUCUUGCACGUGUGAGACUGAGAGACCAUUGUGAGCGCGACAUGUAUUCGAUGUGCAUUGCCAGUGGAGAUGGGCGUUUUGGACGGGCACGUGGACCUUGUGAUUGGAGGGUGCAAGUGUCGGGAUUGGGCUGUAUCGAACGGCCGUAUCCUCACACAUCUCUCUUGCGUCGAUGGCCUGGACCCCGUCGGAUGACAGAUGACCCAGUUUGAAGUCAGUCUCAGACUUAAUGGCACGGGCGCACUGGGCCUGUGUGCCGCAAUUGUCAUUUCCUGAUGCGUAGGGAAUCCGUCGGUCGUGAUGUGUAAACACUGUGGGCGGUGAGGUCUGGCGUGCGCUGUGGCAGGCCUGUGCAUUUAACACCAGGUUGUUUGGUGCAAGGUUGCGGGUAGGACUGACAUGCGCGUGCGUGAGGUAAAUUCACUUGAUGGCUGUCAAGCUGGUGCCGACUGUGCAGAAAUGCUGAGUAGGGGCGCAUGUAAGCAUGUCUACCGUUACAGCACCCUCGUGAGCAGGCAUGACCGGCUAACGGCACCGCGGGAGCAUGGUAUCCUGACUGUAGGCUGGCGCACCCGCGGCUGUCGCCCAAAUGUAUGUUAGUGCACGCGAGUUUCCCGACACUCCCAUUGCAGGUGACCGAUGAGGCGAUGAGCCAAGCACUACUGCACGACGCAUAAGCUUGGAAAUGGACACCUCACAUGUACUCUACGUGUACACAGUGCUCUACGA